UUCUUCUGUUAAUUUGCUCAAUCAUCGCCAUGAGUCCAAUGGGAAACACCCAUCCCAGAUCCGGCCACCACAGCCGCCGCGGCGGCAGCAGACGUCUGUCCGACUACGACGGCGACGGCGAAGGCCAGUGGCUACUUAAAUCGCCGCUGUUGGACCAGGCGUCAGAUAAAAAGCCCGGCGGGCCCCCUCCCUCACACAAGCCCGGCCCAUUGACGCUGACGGCGAAUGAAGGCCCAACGGGCCCGCCUGUUCGUCCGCCGUGGGCUCCCGCCGCCGGCUACGACCCCAUCCCCGCGCAUCAGAUCGUUAGCCAGUUGAAGCUCAGAGUCUCCAUCCUCGAAUUCUUGUUGAAGAAGCAAACGGUGGAGAUGGAAGAGAUGAAGCUAAAGAACGCCGGAGUCAACAGCAAAGUCACGGAGCUCGCCGCCAAAAUCGACGACGUGAUUUUAUUAGCUAGAAACAACGACAAGGACCUGCCUCCGCCGACAUCGUCCGCCGCCGUCGACGUUCCUAAUCUGAUAGACAUGAACGACGACGAGAAUUACCUGCCGCCGCCGCAGCCAUCAUCGGCCACCGUCGACGUUCCAAAUCUGUUAGACAUGAACGACAUGAAGCUGCCGCCGUCGUCCGUCACCGUCGACGUUCCUGACUGCGAUUCCGUUCCUGAUUGGCAACUCGUGCUGAAGAGUGUCAUGCGUAAUCCUACUUUGGUAAGGAUUGAUGGGAUGUCGGAUUGGAACAUUUUGCUCGUGUUUUUUCUUGUGUUCAUGGUCAUAGGUCUUCUCCUGUAAAUCCCCCAAUUUUUUUCUCUCGUCAGCAAUUUUGUUCGUGUUCAAACUGUAGUUAAAUUGUAAUUAAAGUAGUAAAACCAGGAGGAAGCUAAUUAAGAGUAUCAUAGUUAGGAGUUAGUCUCUUUUAUAUGUCAACUGUCAAGUGAUUUUUAAUUGUGAAUUCAAUGUUG